AUGACACCAAACAGGCUUUCAAAGUCAUACUGGCGAUUGCUCGCCAUGGUGGGAUUGGCCUCACUAUGGAUCAUGUGCACACUGCCCAUUGGGCCGGAUCGUCUAGCCGCGAGAUCGAGAGCGCAUAGGGGAUUAGGGGCUUCAUCCUCGUUAGACGGCACAGGGAGAGAUGUGCUGAUGAACCAAAAAGCAAUGAGCCAAAAGGGUCAGAAGCUUCUGGUGACAUUUACAUACUACGAAUCGGUGUCGGCACGAGCGAACCUGAAGUAUUUCCUCAAGCAUGGCCUACACGACGCCGCCGACUUCGUCUUCAUUUUCAACGGAGACACCCCUCAAGGCCAGGAGAAAGCAGCUAAACUCAUCCCGAAGCGGAACAACAUCAAGAUUGUGGAGCGAAACAAUACGUGUUUCGACCUCGGCGCCACUGGUGAAGUACUGAAGAAGAAUAAAAUGUGGAAGAAGUACGACAAGUUCAUCGUCAUGAACGCGAGUUUGCGAGGACCGUUUUUGCCGCACUGGAGUGAUAGCUGCUGGUCGGACUUAUUCCUGGCGAAGGUCACAGAUGAGGUCAAGGUCAGUAAUGACAAUAUGUUUACCCCUUCAGCCUCGAUGGAAAUCAGUCUUUUCCACCUACGCAGGUCAACUUGA